AUGGGCUGCGCCAGUUCCACCGCCGCCGCGCACACUCAAUCCGCAACGACGAGGUCGUACCUGUCACGCUCACAUGGGUUCUUCUCCCCGCCGCGACGUUUGAACGAGACGUUGGGGCCGUUUCGACAGGUCAACUCGUUCAGUUCGUCCAUGACCCUCACCAAAGAGCGCUCCAACCACAGCUUCCUCCCCCAAUCUCUCGGUCCUCUUCCGAACGACGACGACGACGACGGCGUGGACUGGUCCGAGUUCCGCUUGCUGGAACCGUACAAGGACAUUUACUGGAUCGAUCACGACGACAUUACGAUCGUCCGGACGCUUCCAAGUACGUACAUGAAGACUGAAAUGGCCACGUGGAAUGGCCGUUCUGUCCUAAUCAAGUCGGUGGACUUGUCCAAGUCGCCCGCCGAGAUCGCCAAGUCCCGAAAGGCGCUGAUCUCGGAAGUCACGUCCAUGGUGCGAAUACAACACCCCAAUAUCGUGUCCUUUCUCGGGUUCAACUUGUCCCCACAACGCGGCAUCGUGUGUGUGUCGGAGUUUAUGGAGCAGAAGACCCUUCGUGUACAUCUGGACACACCCAAAGCGGCGGCUUCGAUGUCGUGGGCUACGGACAAGAUCACGUUUGCCGUCGACAUCUGCCAAGCGCUGGCAUACAUGCACGGGCUCAAGCCGCCGUUGAUCCAUCGAAACAUCAAGGCAGACAAAGUGCUGCUCAACCCAUCCCUUCGGGCAAAAUUGAGCGGGUUUGGCGUGUCUCGCGCGCGAAUUUUUGAAGACGAAAUGACUGCCAAGAUUGGCGACAUCGAGUGGAGCGCUCCAGAGCUGCUCGUGGAUGGCGAAGACUACACAGAGAAGGUGGACGUGUACUCGUUUGGGAUUGUCCUCACAGAGCUGGACACGUGUGCGCUGCCGUUUGCCGAGGCCAAGUCGAACAUGCACGGGACGGACUUCACCAACGCUCUGGCCACCGGCGCCAUCCGACCCAAGCUCUCCGCGGACUGUCCCGCCGUGAUCGUCCGAGUCAUCAAGCAUUGUCUACAGCACGACCCGCACCUCCGCCCCACGAGCGCCAAGGUCCUAGAUAUGUUGAACGAGGCAAGGACGCAAUUAUUGACGCCCCCCGGACGUUCCGAGUAGGAUUUGGGGCGGCAAAACUGGUUUUGUCAACAAUUAACAUAAGUGUAUUUUAGGCCGAGUUUGGAUGCCAC